UCGAUUUCUUCUUCGAGACACCCAUCCGGACCACCGGUCGAGGCGAUUAGUAUGGCCGACCACGAUGAGCUCGAGAAGCUCCGCUCGUACAAGACGCUCACAAAGCUGCGCAUGAAGCAGGCUGCGGAGAAGCUUGGCUCGUACCGCGUCCAGGUCGAGGACGCGCAGAAGACGAUUCAAGAUCUCCAAGCGACCAACGCAGACCUGCAAGCGAUGAACGCGGACCAUGUCCGCGUCAUUGCCGAGCUUCGCGCCGAGGUCGCUCGAUUGCAACGAGCGCAAGAGGUGGCUGCCACACAACCCUUUCAACGCGCACCGUCGCCAGCAGUAGCAUCAGUCGUCACCGACCCGCCGCCAGCGCUGGCCACGCCAGUGCGAAAGGAUGCUACUGCAUCAGACGACGCAAGCAGCAGUAGCUCGGAUGACGACGCUGUCUCGGACGCCGGCUCGGGCAUCCUCGCGACGGGUUCGGACACCGACUCGGACGACGACGAGCCCAAGACCGUGGCCAUGCUUCUCGGGCGGGCCGCCGCAGUGGUUGCGACGCCCAAGACUCCAGCGCCGCUUCCGUUGCCGACCGUGCGUGUGCCUUCUACAACGACGGUGACGGCGACAACGGCAACGGCGACCGAGACGACACCGACAACGGAGAUGACAACCGCUUCCGCGUCGACGGACGCUGCGCCCGCGGCCAAGAAGCGCAAGCGCGACGAGUCGAUGCCCCAAAACAUCAACCGGUUUCUUCAAGUUGUCAGCAUGUCGACGGGUAGCUCCAUCUACCGCGCGACCAAGAUCCUCGCCCUCUUUUACGGGGCGGUCUUUGGCAACGAAGACAAGGUUGCGACGUCGUUGAUGCUGCUGCCCAAGCUUCACAAGGCGAUGCGCCACCACCAGAUUCCCAUCACCGACGUCGCGUCGGCCUUCGUCGCCACCGCGCCGAUCGCCAAGGACAUUGCUUUGCACGUCGACGUGCUCUCCGAGGUGGCACCGACACCGUCCGACGCAGCCGUCGCGCUGGCGACGAUCACGCAGCACGUAAGUCGGAAGAAGAACCUCCCGAUGAAGCUCCAAGUGGGCUGGUGCCGUGUGCACACACUCUUCAGCCACCGCGUCAAGUCGCUCGCAGCGACCAACGCCUUUCUCAUCGACCGCCUCGCCGCCCAGAACCGGCACCUCUUUGACUUUGUCGCUAUCGCCGAGAGCUGGCCGCUGGCGUUGACGCAGCUCGCAUCCAAGGCGUCGACGUCGCUGUUAGCCGUCACGGUUCGGUACCUCCUUGGCACGCUCGUGGCCGCGCAAGACGGAGUGGAGGACCGCACCGAGCUGCAAAUGACGCCGAUCCAGGACAUGUACGCACUCUGCGGCGGCCCCGUCGCUGCGGACGCCGACGCGAUCACGGACGCCUUUCUCAAUGUUGCACCGACCGACGCCCUGUUGUUUGAGAUGCACGAAAGCAUCCGACUUCUCUGCCUCGUUCUCGGCUACGCUGGGUGCAUGGAGACGUUCCCUUUGCUGCGCAACCUCCUUGCAGAGACAACGUGUGUGAGCGUGCGUCUCCUCGGUGUGACGGCGGCGACGCUGCUAGAGCACCCGUGUGCAGACGAAGCGACCGAUACGAACGCCGCCAAAACCAUGAUUGACCGCCUCCUUCCCGUCGUUCAGAACACCCAUUGUGAGCCGAGUCUGCGCGCGGCCGCGGCCGUCGGGCUCCUCGAAGUCGCCAGCCGCGUCUCGGCCAAAACGCUCGCGAAAGAGUACCUGAGUCCGGUGCUCUUGUGGUUUGGCAGUCAGACGCCGUCGGCGCAGCUGGCCAUGCCGAGUGGCCUCCUCCGCAAACUCCAAAACACCGUUGUCACACUCGCCUAACACCACAAAUGUCGCUACCAUAGACGCAAGAGCCUCC